AUGGUGGUGGCGGUCCCGUACAGAAACUAUGGACAUUUCAUCAUUGGGUUGUUGGUGUUCGUCAGUGGUAUGUGCCUGCUUGCUUGGAUGAGGCGAAAGCCUGCCAUGAAAAAUCCGUAUGAGAAGGAUUUCAUUGGUAAACACAAGUGCUCGUUUAGACCAGCAACAUCCAUCAGGUAUGACCCUGCUGAUGAUUUGUCCAAUCGGAUACCUCAAACCAUUAUUCAAACCUAUAAGCCGAGUUCUAUUGAAAAGUUACCAGAGUCCAUGAAAAAAGCGAUGAAUUCAUUCAAAAUACUCAAUCCAAAUUAUACUCACAAAUAUUUUGGAGAUGAUGCUGCAUUGAACAUUUUAAUUGAACAUUUUGGAAAUGAUUCAGAUGAAGUGUUUGCAUUUCGAAAUUUAAUUCCAGGUGCUUUCAAAAUUGAUUUUUGGAGAUAUGCCAUGUUGUGGUUGUUUGGUGGAUUUUAUGCAGAUGCAGACAUGUUGUUGAUGGAACCUUUUGAGAAAUGGAUUUCUCCAAAUGCAAGUUUUGUGAUUCCUUUGGAAAAGAUUGGAUUUGGUUUUCACAAUGGAUUCAUUGGAAGUGUUCCACAACAUCCAAUUAUGAGAAUUGCAAUGGACAUGGUCAUUUACAAUGUCAAGCACAAGUUUUAUCCUGGUGUGCCAACUGUUCUCAAAGGACAAUUUCGAGUACUUGCUGUAAGCGGUCCAGUGUUACUUGGAAAAGCAAUUAACAGAUAUCUCAAUGAGCCCGACGAGGUAGUCCAUAAUCUUCCCUUAAUGAAGGAAAAAAGAAUUCAGGUCAUUGGUUUUUGUGCAACCUCGUCCAAAGAAGAAGAUAUUUAUUAUACAGAUCAAGCUUCGUCUUCAACAACUGGUUCUUGUCAAGGAAAUAUUGUAGCUAGAGUGAAAUAUCCAGAAUUUAUGCAGGAAAAUGAAGAAGUGACUAAAUCAAAACAUUACGACCUGCUGUUCCAAGCUAAAAAAGUGUUUGCCUGA